AUGAUCAUUUGUGGUAUCUCUGACAAUGCCCUUCGUGAGAGAAUGCUUCGUGAGCCUAACAUCAAUCUACAAAAAGCAGUCGAGCUUGGUCAAGCCUCCGAGCAAACCAAACUACAUGCUCAGCAACUUACUGAAGACAUGGAAAAGAAAAUCCACAAAGUACACAGGCAAAAGCGAGAGAAGGAAAGGCGAGACAAAAACCGAGAUAGGUUUAAAUCUCAUUCUCCAGAAAGAGAUAAUUUAAUAAAGAACUGCAAAUUUUGUGCAGGUCGACACCAACGUGGAAAAUGCCCGGCGUAUGGUCAAAAGUGCAACAAGUGCCAACGUAGAAAUCACUUUGCCAGGUGCUGUAAACAAACAGUGCAUCAAGUCGAUGACUCUCAAGAUCGUGCCUCCUUUGAAUCCUCUUCAGAAAGUGAUUUUGUUAUCGAAAGCCUCGUUGCAACUGAAUCUGAAGCAGCCUCUGAGGUUCAACAAGCACUUAAAAUUGAUCCUCUCAAUAGCGACACCUCUGCGGGACACUGGUCUGUCACUCUUAAUGCAGGCAGCCAAGACAUUCCCUUCAAAAUCGACACAGGGGCCCAAGUGAACGUGUUACCCAAGAAACUCUACAACAAGUUAAACCAGCUCGCCCACGAAUCAAACAAACAUCAACCAAGUUGUCCGCCUACAAUGGGUCCUCCAUCCCUGUACAUGGAAAAUGUAUUGUCCCUAUUCAGUAUAAAGGACAAAAACACCACCUUCUCUUUAUCGUCGUAGCUUCACAGACCACACCCAUCCUAGGUUUGGCCACUUCAGAGCGACUCAAUUUAAUCAAGCGGGUCUACAAAAUAACUGAUACUAACAUUGAGGAAGCUUAUAGCUCCAAUAUAUCUGAAGAGUACGCUGACUGUUUUGGAGAGAUUGGCACACUCAAGUCCACCUAUCACAUGACCUUGAAAGAUGAUGUCCGUCCAGUAGUGGUACCUCCUCGAAAAGUACCGUUUGCUCUUAAAGAUCGACUGAAGAAGGAAUUAGACCGCAUGGAGAGCAUGGGUAUAAUUGAAAAAGUCGAAAAAUCCACAGACUGGGUCAACGCCUUAGUUCUUGUCGAAAAACCCAACGGAAAGCUUCGCGUUUGCCUAGACCCGCGUCCAUUAAACCAAGCAAUCAAACGCCAACACUACUGUCAACCUCGUUCCCAGGGUAUUUGCUCUUGGGAAGCAAAGACCCUGGUGGACGCUGGUCACGUGAUCUGCUAAAAUCUAGCAGAUUUUUAAUUAACGUUGUUUUGUCAAUCUGGGAGGGGUGGGAAUGUAGUAGUUGACAUUCCCCAGAUGCAUUAGUGCUGUAUACUUCACUUUACAUGUAUUAAUAAACAUGAUUUAUACUGUUCUAAAUUCGUCCUCAUCAUGACAAGAUUUCCUGCUAUAUUGAAUGUCAUCAAUAAUAAGUGCUGCGGUACAUUUCAAGCGAGAAGCUGGAUCAUAUUUCACUUGCAAGGAAAAAUAUACUCCACACGCGCCUGGCUAGUGAGCACGCAUCAGAUCGCCGUAUAAACAUACAUAUCUGAUAUCUUCUACACCGACUGAUCGAUCGAACGGUAUUUAUAUAAAACGAACGAUAUGAUAUGGUUGUUUAUAGUUGAAAUGUAUCCUGCCCGAUAUUCAAAACAAAGGAUUUAUUUUAUAACGGGAUCCUUUGAUUUCCCAACUGAAGUACUGAACAUCGCCAACUGUGUAUAUAAAACAAUAGUGCUGUUUUGACUGUGAAUUACAGUAAGCACAGGAUUAAAACCCGUUAUUCCUUUUAUUUACAUUGCUGAAACAGCUCAACGAUCAAGAAUGAUAUAUGUCGAAGUACAGCUACAGUAUACUGUUAUCACACGCCAAGAUUCCUCGGUGCGUGCGGUACAACUUGAAUACGAUAUAUGCACUAGACUAAAUUAUAUCAUAUAUUGCAGUAAACAUUAUGAAUCUUAUAAAGACCUUUCAUUGGCAUUGGUAUUAAUGCCCAGGCAUUAUUUGAAGAAUAAUCCAACUUAAAAUCCAGCUUCUUUCGACUUGUAUAAUGCCGCUGUGAGUCAUCAAUAUUUAAAUCAACUUUAAGUCUUUAAUCUUUAUCGUAUAUACCCCUAUACUGUGUCGUAACUGUAAUUGAAAUUUUAGAAGUUUCACCAAACGAUACUUCGUAACUGUAAGCAAACAACCUAUCUAUCAGUAUCAGUAUCAAUAGAAACUUUAAAAGGCUUAAUAAAACUCAUUAAGUAAUUCUAUGAGCGAAACUUGGUGCGCAUAUACAGUUUAUGAAUUAUGUAUAUAUAAAUAUAUAUCCCUGAUAAAACGUAUAGGGACACUUCGUACCAGAUAUAAUAACAAAUACUUUGCGAAAUCUUUUCGGAUAUCAUUCCUUUGCAUUUAGGGUGGGAGGGUGAAUGGCUAUAGCUAUAAUUUAUUAUAGGAGAUUCUGUGCAAUAUUUUGGCUCAACAAACAGGUAGUCGUGAAGACAAAAAAGUGCACUGUCCAGGGCCCGCGGAGCGUAUUAGAGAGUGGGGGGGCUAAAUCAUCAAUAAAACCCCCAAUUAAUUAAUUUAGAAAGUUUCAUUUAGAUUUCUAUUUUAAUAAUUUUGGCUGUCAGAAAAAGUGGGGGGGGGGGCUAAAGCCCCCCCAGCCCCCCCGUCUCCGCGGUCCCUGCUGUCGAGUAUCGAUUCCAAACAAUUUUGUCAGUCGCUUUUGAUACCUCUAUUUUACAAAAUUUAUACCGUUUCCUUUCUAUAUGACAACAAUUCAAUGGCAUAUUAUAAGAAUAUUGUAAAUAUCUGAACCAGAGGCAGAGCCAGGACAGAAACGUACGUAUGAAAUUGAAAAUAUUGCGCCCGAACCCCGAGAGAAUAUUAAAAACGCAAAUAUUUCAAACCAUACGGUCAUACGUUUUCGUUGCUUGAUUUGCUGACUUGUCUGUUAGUACAAGAAUCUGCAUUUUACCAUGUUUGUAUAAUUUAAAACGGCAAACAGAAACCAAUUUAGCAAGAAUUUCGAAGAAUAUAUGAUUCUCAAAGAUUAUUGUACAGCACGGCCACUCCUUGCAAUCGAAGUGUGAAGUGCGGAAGUGGAAACAUGUAAUAUGAGACCUUUCCAUCCCCCUCUGAGGCUAUCAAUUUUGUAUGGGUCACGUGACCAGCGUCCACCAGGGUCUUUGCUUCCCAAGAGCAAAUACCCUGGGAACGAGGUUGCACUACCGUCUGCCUACUACAGAAGAGAUAAUCUCUCAAAUGAGUGGUGCUCGAUUCUUUAGCAAACUCGACGCAAGCAACGGGUACUGGCAGAUUGCAGUCGACGACUUCACAUCAGAUCUUCUCACGUUUGGCACAGCGUUUGGCCGAUACAAAUUUAAGCGUAUGCCCUAUGGAAUUCACUCGGCUAGUGAGAUAUUCCAACUCGAAAUAUCCAAGAUCAUCGCUGGCUGCGAUGGUGCUGCCAACUCGCAAGACGAUAUAAUCGUGUGGGGUGAAACAAAAGAAAUUCAUGAUCAACGGCUGAAGAAGGUCCUAGACAAAAUUCGAGAUAGCGGAUUGAAGCUAAACCAUGCAAAGUGUAUUUUUGGUGCAACGGAGCUCACCUUUCUGGGUCACAUCAUGUCCGCAGAUGGAGUGAAGCCAGACCCAAGAAAGAUUGAAGCAAUUACCAAAAUGCCCGUUCCAACAAGCCCUGCCGAACUUCAGCGUUUUCUUGGGAUGGUGAACUAUCUUGGUAAAUUCAUCCCAAACCUAUCAGACGAAACUGCGCCAUUACGAGCCCUCUUGAAGAAAGGAACCGAGUUCUUAAUGCAGAAACCCCAAAUUGAUGCCUUUGAAAAGCUCAAGCGUCGGAUUUCAUCUGUUCCUGUCCUACAGUUCUAUGACCCAAAUCUCCCAACUCGUAUUCGGACAGACUCUAGCUCUAUUGGGUUAGGUGCAAUGCUUGAGCAACGCAUAGAUGACUCCUGGCAUCCCAUUGCAUUUGCCUCCAGAACACUCGAAAAAUCAGAACAAAAUUAUGCUCAGAUAGAACGUGAAACUCUUUCAGUCGUAUUCUAUAACAAACGUACUUGCAGGGAGGUGAGUCCGGGAUUGGACGCACCGAGGGUGGCUGGAAGUUUCCCGAACUUACCGAGCGAAGCGAGGUGAGUUCGGGAAACUUCCAGCCACCCGAGGUGCGUCCAAUCCCGGACUCACCGAACCUGCAAGUACGUUUGGUUUUUAUCCCAUACACCGAGCCAUACACACAUUUGUAGCUCUUCGAGAUAUAUUCGUCGAUGUUUUGUGAACAUUUUCCCGGCCAAAAAAUCACUGGGCAAGAAAAUUCUUCUUUAUCGACGUCUACAAUACCUUUACUGCACUUUUUCUUUGGUUUUUCUUCAGUCUCAGUAUGUUAGUCACCAAAAAAGUUCUUUAAAGUUUAGGUUUAUCGGCUAAAUCUUGUCCGCCAUAUUUGUUAUUGUUAUUGCAACGUAAGCAGUUUAGCGGGUGAGCUCGGGCGAAAAGCAGGUGAGUUCGGAAAAAAGCAGGUGAGCUCGACGACAAGCUCACCUGCUCUAAACCAAUCAGAAAGCCGCUUUUAACACAGGUAUGGGAUAAGGAUGUGAACGGUUCCACGAAUACCUCUAUGGUCGAGAAUUUAUCGUACACAAUGAUCACCAGCCCCUAAAAACCAUUUUCUCCAAAAGCAUUGUUCAGUGUCCUCCUCGCAUCCAACGGUUCUUUCUGCGCCUACAAAAGUAUGACUUUUCAUUCGAAUAUGCACCCGGAAAGACUAUGAAGGUGGCAGAUGCCCUCAGCAGAGCCUCAUUACCUGGUCAACCGGAAAUUACCCCUGAAGAUAUUGCUCAUCAUGUUCACUCAAUCAUCAACCAGCUACCAAUCAGCCAGUCAAAACUCUCUCAGCUUCAGCGCGAAACAGCAAACAACCUAGUUCUACAAAAGCUCAAAUAAUACACCGUCAAUGGUUGGCCAUCCGAUGAUAACAUUGAUAGUUCCGUGAAACCUUUCUACAGCCAGCGUCACGAAAUUGUGUACAAUCAUGACCUUCUUCUCAAAGGGCAACAAAUUAUUGUGCCGAAAUCCAUGCGUCCUGAAAUCCGAACCCUUCUUCACCAAGGACACCAAGGCAUUGAAAAGUGCAAGAGUCGAGCCCGGCAAGCAGUUUAUUGGCCUGGAAUCAACCAUGAGCUAACUGUUCUUGUCUCUCAGUGUGCAACGUGCACAAAUCAUCGCAACCGACAGCAAAAGGAAACACUGAUACCACACGACGUGCCUGACCAACCGUGGGUCAAAGUUGGUACAGAUCUCUUCUCGCUCCAUGGUCGAGACUACCUAAUAGUCGUUGAUUAUCACUCCAAAUUCUUUGAAGUAGCCCACAUUGCAAAACCCGUCGAGGCACCUGCCGUAGUUCGUGAAAUGAAGAAAAUAUUUAGUCGUCAUGGUAUCCCACAAACAGUGUUCAGUGACAAUGGCCCACAGUACACUGCCGCAUCCUUUAAACUAUUUUCACGAGAGUGGGACUUCCAGCACGACACGUCUAGUCCUCACUUCCCUUAA